CAGCGGAGCGUCAGUGGCUGUGCGGGAGCUUUAGGUCGGUUACUCACGAACCGUGAAGGAAACACGAACCGUUCCUAACCGUUCCUAACCGUGACAGCAGAUACUACAGCAGAUACUCCCACGGCAGGAUGCCACUGCUUCAGCUCUGAAGUAAGCGACGAGCAUCGAUUCAUUCUUCAGAGACUCUAAAGGCCAUCAACAUGAACUCUGUACAAUCAUCCGUACGAUCGCUCAUGCAGCUGUUUGAUGGCAAAGCACAAGAAUUUACCAAUGACAUUACUAAUGUCCACAUGGUUUGGCUUGAGGAGAUCCAACAGGAGGCCAACCGCAUGUUCUCAAGAGAUUUUAAUGCUGAGCCAGAAUUAAUGCCAAAAACGCCAUCACAGAAAAAGAAUAGUCGCAGGAAGCGUGUAUCCUUGGGGCAUCAGGAAGAAAAUCAAGCCAGGCGAAGAUUUUCCAAGGGAAAGCGUAGUAACCUUCGUGGCUCCUCUGUCAAAUCACUGAACUUCAUUGCUGAAGAAGACACCAUUCCAGGGGCUUCCACCUCUGAAGCCAACACCACCACACAGCCUAAACGCACCACCCGCAAAAAUAAACAAACAGUGUCUGAGGCGUCAGAGAAUGUGAGCCAUUCAAGUGGAAGUUGUGAAACUGAGGAGGUGCAGAACAAGAAGCCGGAGCUGGUAGAGGAGAAAGAGCUGGACAAAAAUAACAAGGUGAACAAUGCAGAAGACGAGCCGGACUACAAAGUUUGCAUCGCCCAGUCCCCACCUACGAUACCCUCACCCGAGGUUGUUGUCAGCAUCUCUUCAUCAGACCGAUUGUCUGCUGAGUAUGCCAAACAUCUGGUGCCUUCUCCUGGCCGUACAGCUGCUAAGAUUGCAAUAGCUGGCGCAGCUCAAAGCUCACGGCGGAGCUCAGUGCGAUGCUCCCUCAAGCUACGUCACUCACUGGCCGGUUUGCGGCACAGUAUGACACAGGAGUCUGUUCGCCGCGCCUCACGUCGUUCCAUGCUUAAGAGGAAGGUGGCUCGCAUGGGCAACUCCACAUGUAGCAGCAGCGUUGAUGAGGACUCUUGCGUGGACUCUGCAGAGGAAGAGGAUAGAGAAGCCAUGUUAGAGGCUGUAAGUGCAGACACAGAGGAUAAUUCUCCAGCUGAAGAAUGGAAGGAAACGCCAGAGGUCCAGAUCAUUCAGAGCUCACAUCUGUCUGUUGGACGCGUUACUCGAUCUGUUGCUGCAAACUCUGUCGCACUGGCACCCCCAUCGUUGUUUACCGCUGAACAAACCGUUACCACUCCCAACAAGAGAACAGUUGCUGAGAAGCAGCAGACUCCCCAAUCAGGUCGCAAGUCACGCCUGAGUACCAAACGCAAAGCCCCAGAUACUGUAGAGGAAAGUCCCACAAAGAGGCACUCUCCUCCCAAGAAAAGUCAAAGUGCAAUGAGACCAAACAUGAGAUCUUUUCUGCACACCGUGCAGAAGAAUCAGAUGCUAAUGAUGACUCCAAACUCCCUCGGUCGCACUGCUGUUAUGAAGUCCUUCAUUAAACACACCACUCCUCUGAAGGUUGACCCGAAGUUGAGCAUUGGUAUAGUGACAAAAGAGCGUUACAAACUGGAAGCACUUAAGAAGAAACAGGAGCAAGAGGAAGAAAGGAUGAAGAAAAUGGAGGAAGAGAAGAAAAGGAAACAGGACGAACUCAAAAGGAAGAGGGAUGAGAGGCUGAGAAGAGUGUUCGAGGCCAAAGUAAAAGAAGAGCAGAGGGAGGUGGAAAAAAAGAAGAUUGAGCAAAAGAUGGCUCAGAUUGAUGAGAAAAAUGAUAAGCGUCACGCAGAUGACAAGGCUAAAAAGAAGGUAGUCAUUAAACGUCAAGAGGAUCUGGAGCAGAAGAGGAAGUUGGAAGAAGAUGCUAAAAGGAAGAAGAUUCAGCAAGCAGAGGAAGAGAAGCGGCAGCAGGAGUUACUGGCUAAGAAGGCCGAGGAGGAGGAACAGCGAGCUCGUAAGAUGGCUGAAGCUCGCCGAGCGCUGGAGCAGAAGAGAGAGCAAGAGAGGGAGAGAGAGCUGGAGAGAGAGCGACUAGCUGCUGCUGAAAGGGAGCGAGUGGAAAAAGAAAAAGCUCUUGCUCUGCAACAGGAACUGGAGAGAGCAGCGAGAGAGAAAGAGAGACGAGAAUUGGAGGAGAAAAGAAAGGCACUUGAAAAAAGAAUGGAGGAGCAGCAGAGAUUAGUUGCAGAGGAGAAAGCUGCCAAAGAGCGAGAAGCUGCUGCUAAAAAGGCUGCUGAUGCAAAGGCUGCUUCUUGCCUGAAUGUUACUGUGGACAUCGAGCGCUCUGUUAUGAGCACGCCCGUAGGAAAAGGUGGUGGCCUCAAUGUCACUGUGGAUAUUGAGAAAUCACCACAAUCGUACUCCAUCACUCCGAAGGGUGGGAACAAACCUUUGCCCAAAAGUGGGGAAGAUUACGGGAUGGACCAAAACAGUGAAGACUCUACUGAUGAUGAGUCUGCCCCAAGGAAGCCUAUUCCAUCCUGGGCAGAAGGUCACAAUCUGCAGCAGAUAAUUAUGAAGCAGUACUUCAACCCUCCUGAUUUAGACGCUUUCUUUGGAACAAUUGAACCACCAAAACUGGAAAACAUCUUUUACAAGAGCAAGCCUCGCUAUUUUAAACGCACCAGCUCCGCUGUGUGGCACUCUCCUCCUGUUGGAAGCAAGUAAUGUCUGUACACUGAUACAGAUACACAUAGCUGUAUAAAGUUUAUUCUUUGUUUUAGAUCUGUUUCCAAUAAAGUAACAGUGUUUUCUGGAUGUUAUUCCAUGUUUAAGAUUUUAGCUAUCAAUGUUUUAGGAAAUAUUCUUAGUAGUCUGUAAAAUACAUCAUGGAUUUAAGUGAUAUUGAUGCUUCAUGCUUGAAAAUGGGUGUGUAUAAUAACCCAGUGGGAUGUGACUCUUGAAAGUUUUUGACAAGUGAUCAGCAAAGACUUUCAUCUGUAUAAUGCGUGUAGCUACCAACUGUACAUUAUAAUAGAAUUCAUAUGUUUGGGAUUUAUUGGGUGCAUUAAAAUGGUUGAACAAAAAAACAUCUUGUGUAGGUUUCAGCUGUUGAUUGGAUUUGAUAAUAUGUGACACCUAAGAAA